AUGGCGGGCGCCGUGAGGGACCUGGCAGCCCUCUCCAUGCGGUUCCUCGUCCACCUCGGCAGCAACCAAACCAACCUGGCCUUCUCCCCGCUGUCGUUCCACUACGUCCUCGUCCUUCUCGCUGCCGGUGCCACGGGCGACACUCUCAACCAGAUCGUCUCCUUCCUAGGCCCCUCCGGCGGCGUGGCGCAUGCGUCCCUCGCCUCCCAUGCAGCCUCUGGUUUCCUCGCUCGGGGCAAUGGCUCGGAGCCCGACGUCCGGUCCGCCGUAGGCGUUUGGAUGGACUCGUCGCUCCAGCUUAGGCCCGACUUUGCAGACAACGUCGUCUCGCAGUUCAAUGCCACAGCUCAAGCCAUGCCUUUCCAAGAAAAGCCUGACGAGGCGAGAGUUGAGAUCAACCGCUGGUUCGAGGACAAGACGGGCGGCCUGAUCAAAGACCUCAUGCAGGACAGCCACCUCCACAGCGACAUCGCCCUGGUCAUCGGCAACGCGCUCUACAUGAGAGGCUCAUGGCUGCGCCCGUUCGAUCCCAAAGACACAGAGGACGGCGACUUCUUCCUGACCGACGGGAGCAGCGUGCGCGUGCCGUUCAUGACGAGCGAGAAACGCCAGCGCAUCAGCUCCCAUCCAGGCUUCAAAGUAGUGCAGCUGCCCUACGAUUCCGGCAGGGUCGGCGGCAGGCACAGCUUCAGCAUGCACAUCUACCUCCCCGACGAGCGCGACGGGCUGCAGGCGCUGAUCCGCGAGCUCAGCUCCGACACGGCGAGGUUCCUGAACCGCGGCGCCCCCGCGCUGGCGGUCGAGGUGGGGGACUUCAAGAUCCCCAAGUUCAAGGUGUCGCGCAAGGUGGAGGCGUCGGACCUGCUGAGGGACAUGGGGCUGGAGCGACCGUUCUGCGCUUCGCAUGACUUCAGGGAGAUGGUUGACUACUCGGGACAUCUCGCGGUGGGCAGCGUGCUACACGAGUGCGUGGUUGAGGUCGACGAGGAUGGAACCAUGGCCGCUGCAGCCACUGAAGCUCAGAUGAUGACGGGCUGCUCCAUGCGAGGGGAGGAGCCGGUGCGCGUCGACUUCGUGGCAGAUCACCCGUUCCUGUUCCUCAUCAGGGAGGACAAGAGUGGCAUAGUGCUUUUUGCAGGGCAAGUCGCCAAUCCCGUGCUGUAG